GUUGUGGAGAGUAGCGAAACGUGAUCGAACGCGCACUGCGCGCGGCGCGAAGUUUGUUAAAAUUUUGCAAUGGUUCGGCGAGCCAGACGCUGUCGGAAAAGUGACGCAGGAAGGCCUGCAAGAAAUGUUCUUGGUGGGAUCGAGAACAUUGUACCCGAGCCACUUCCAAAGAAAAAGAUCGGCAAAAGAGCUCACACGAGAGUGAAGCCAACAUCGGCAGCAGCCUCAUCCAAGCCACCUGAAAAUAUGCUGGAGCUGGGCGUGAGUCCGAUAGAAAGGCGUGGCGGUCCCUUGCGUAGACCUCGAAGGAAUCCUGCGAGUGAAGAGUCUGUGCACGUUGCCACAUCUACGCCUGACCGUACAAAGUCGCAGCCAACACUGCCAGAUGCACAGCAUGUAGAAGAAACGUCACACAUGUCAUUUGAUCUAGACCGUCGUGCUGUCGCAACGCCAUGCCUCUUUGACUCGGCAAUGACACCAAAGCAGACGUCUCGCACAGGCUCUCCAUCACGGACGCGGAGGAAGAGGCAUUAUGGUGACAGUCCAGAGCUGUCCCUUCAGGAGGUCAGGCGGACAUACUCUCGUGGGAAAAGAUCUGCGUCCGUUCGUGUCAACCUGUUCGAAGACCUCGAGCUCCCUGACCACGUGCAGGAGGAUGAAGAAAACUUCUUUGAGCCAGAGGAAGAGCAGCAGGUGAAGAAGAACAAGGUGCACAAACCCAAGGCACAGAAGCUGAACAGGCAGAAUGAUAGGGACUUCGACGAAUGGGUGAACAAGAUGGCAGCGGAGUUUGACGAAAUUGAAAAAUUUGAGUUGUGUUAUGGUUAGUGUGUGUCCCAUGGCCACAGCUGCACCCGAUUCGUUCUGUGGGUUACACAAGACGCACACAGACAAGGAAGGAAGGCAUGGACGACACGAGCACUAACUCUGAACUAGCAUGUUAUUGAAAGACACAGCGAUUUGUAAGGUGAUGGUGAUGAUGAUUUAUUGCCAUCCCCUUGAAAAGGUGAUGCGAGUCACCUAGCCUGCUUGAGUUAUUCAAGUGUGCCAUGCAUCUCCUUCAACACCACCUGGUGGCAGUGGAUUGAAAGAAAUAACCAAAAAAUUUAAUGAGAAUAUCCUAUUUUAGGAUUAGCUUUUCCUGUAAGUUAAUCCGCAGCUAUGCGCUGGAGAGAUACGCACAUUGUUUCUCUGUAAAAAAAAAAAAAAAAAAAUGGUUGGCCCUAUCUUAUUAAUGUGGCCAUGCCACUUUGGCCAACAUGCAAUUUGCCACAGGCUAAUGAGAAACACCUGUGUUUGUCAGCCAUUUACUUUGUUGGCAGAAAAGCAACGUGCGUAACUGCCCGGUACAUGUAGGAUUCACCAGCACAAAAUGAUAUUUGUUCGGUAUAUUUUCAGUCAAGUUUUAUGGUUUUGUGUAAUUGAUUUUCAUUUACUAUCAGGUGUUACUCAAAAGAGAUCAAUAGGGCAUAUUUUGCUAGCAUGUUAGCAUAGCCAUUCUUAUAGAUCACUGUGCCUUUCAGCAAAUAUACCAGUUGAGAAUCUACGCUCAUGCUGUCCUUGCCUUCUUUUAUUGUCCUUGCGUGUGUCUUGCAAUCCACAGUAUGAAGAAGCACCAACUUGCCAUAUUACUUGCAGUUAUGCUGCAGCUGACUCACAAGGAUAUACCACAAAUACCUGCAAGUGUUUGUUUCCAAAGCCCAACAGAGGUUGCUAAAGUAGAUUUGUGGUCAAUUUUUUUUACUUGCUGUGAGCACCGUUACAAAUAUACAUAAUGGAUUUUCUUGUCACCUGGUAAAAUGAGAUUUUAAUCUCGUUUUUGUCUCAUAUUUUAGUGUCAUUUUAGUUUCAGUGUGGCCACAAUCCCUGUAUUUAUAUUUUUUCGUGUGUGUAUUUAAUUUUCUUAUUGCUUGAGUCGAACACACAGUGUGCUACUAUGUGUCUACUCGAUUUUUUAGUGAGUACUAUUACUUUUACCAUUGUACAUAUACUGAAGGGGAGAAUGGUAGGUCGCACGUGUCUUUAAGUGUGUACGUUCUGCGACUGCGGAAUAAAAGUUUUGAUCUGCUACUACAAA